AUGACCAGUCUUGGUAAUGCAUCAUCAAAUCGUUCAUCGAAAGAAACUAUCACAUUUGAGAUUGUAAAAUAUUCUAGAGCUAGACCUCUUCUCACAAAUCUUGUAUCUAAAGAUAAGAACAAUUCUGGUCAAAUCGAUUGGACUCAUUUUAAUCAACCUCGACUAAGCUUGAACGCUGAUAUCAUCCAUACUGAUUUGGAGGAUUCAAAGAAAUCUGGUUUACCGAGACACACACGAAAGAUAUCACUUCAAAUCAUCUGGAAUAGUGAUCCUCAAUCUUCACAUACGUCUGAUCAUCCAAGUGUCUUUAACCUUGAACAAAUUGAUUUAAAUCAGAUUGUGGUUGAUUUUUCUAAUUCUAGAUUAGGUGAAAUGCCUUUAAAGGCAGUUUAUAAGGACUGUGUAGUGGGUUUAAGAUAUGCCAUCUCUCAUGAAGCAGGUGCUUUAAUUUACAAUCGAUUUCAACUUCGAUUUCAUAACCCAACCGAUUGUCUUGAUUUUGUUAGAGUCAUUGAAUUUAUUUGUCCUUGUAAACUGAGUCCACCUGAACAACAAUCAAGUCAACAAAGAGUCACCCAAACUCCUUUUGAUCAUCAUUCCAAGGAUACAUUUUCGUUACAAAGCUCUCUUUCUAUUCUUCCUAAUACAAAAUCAGCUGUUCCUCAUCAAGGUCCAAACUCAAGACUUCCAACGAUAUUCGAUAAAGUUAAACCGGACGAGUUUGAAGCUCAUGAGCGUUGUAUUGACUCAGAUCGACGUCCUAUCAAGUUUCAACGCUUAACGCUAGAAUCGGAUAAAGUCUUGGAAGAUCUUUCUCAUCGUCCGAGUCAAAGUUGCAAUCCUCAACUGAAACUCGCGGCUCCUUCACAACAUCCUGAUCAGCAACCUACUUAUGAAAAUCACAGCACGCAGCCGAUCGAUCUUAGUCUUCAACACAAAGCUGUUGCAUCUCCGGGUUUAGAGAGCUUGAUCAGUCUACCUGAUGAUCAGUUUAGGAAUUGCAUACAACAAAUCUUACACGAACCGGGUUUCCUUGAAUUGGCUACCCGAGUAGACAACCUAAUGCAGAGUUGA